UGCCAUGUGGAUUAGCUGUCAAGAUGCAGUACAUUCGUGUAUUCACAUUUAUGUGCAUGUUAGUUUCGCUAUGCACACUAUCUGUUGCCGAAGAUGACGAAGAUCCUGUGAAAAAAGCAACUUUAUGCGAAGUUUGUAAAUUCUUAGCCACUGAGCUAAAUGCUAGACUUGAAGAGACAGGCAAAUCGAAAGCAGUGUUAGAAACUGGUCAUGGCUUCGACAAAAAGAAGAAGAGAGUUCAGUAUCAGAAAUCGGAAUUGAGACUGAUAGAAGCCCUUCAUGAGCCUCACAUAUGUGAACAAAUCCUGAAGUACAAGGUCCACAAGGAGAAGAAAGGCUCGCUGAGAUUUGACAAAAGAGAGAGUGAAACUAUGCAGACUUUACAUGGUUUAGUAAAUAAGGGAGUGAAGGUGGAUCUGGGUAUUCCUCAGGAGAUGUGGGAUUCACCCUCUGCUGAGGUCACUGAUAUGCAGAGAAAGUGUUUCCAAAUGGUAGAAGACCAUGAGGAGGACAUAGAAGACUGGUACUUUCAUAACCAACAACGAGAUAUCAUGGAGUACCUGUGUGCUGAUCUCGUGCUCCGGAAGGGUAACAAAGAGUGCCUUUAUGAACAUACUGAUCCAGAGCUAGAGGAUGCCCAAAACUCCGAGGACAUGGAUCAUACACAAGUGUAUAUAAAACUGGAACUAAAACUCUUGGAAAAAUAA